AUGUACAGCAAUAAGCCUCAUCCUGUCCUUGCCCAGGUCCCCUUGACCGUCUCUCCCUUCAUUUCCCUGCCUCGCGCUCCAACUCUACCCUACACUUACAAACCUUUACCAUCAACCUUACCACCUUCUUCAACCGCAUCAGAAAAUGGCACAGAACGUGAAAGAUAUAUUAUCGCUCCUUCUGGCCAUGCAGCUCAUCCAGAUGAGAUCAUUGCCUCGUGUAGUGCUAUCGAAGCACACAUGAAGAAGGCGCAGGACGAUGCCAACAAAGCGAUUCAAGCUUGGGAGAACAAGCUGAAGGAACAGGAGCUGGCAGAGAAGCGAAGAGUUGCUCCAGGUUGGCUGGAUCGUGAUGAGAAAAUUCUCGAGCCUGAGAAAGCUCACUCCCACGUCCAUGGGUCACAAGAGCAUGGAGGCAGCAAUGGUCAACAUGCGAGUCUCAUGGACCAGCAGAAUGAUGAUAUAUCAGGGCAGGCGAAGCACGAAGCACCCUCUGACGCUGCAGGAGCGGAACUUGAUAGAGCCUUUGGAGGCAUUGCUAUCCAAGGACCGUGA